GAAGAAGAGGCCGAAGAUUUUCAACUUCCAUCCAGCAGCUUUUCGCACCGCGUUGCUGAAAAUAUCAAAUUUCCGGUGAUAAAAGUGUGCGGGGGCGUAGUGGCAAGGCCGCGCAUAGUUGCAAAAGUUGGAAAUCGCUCGUCGUUGUUUGUUGCCCGUUUUUGCUGGCCCACCGCUUAUGCGUGGUCGCGCGGCAAUCGGCGUGUGUGUGUGCUGCUGGCGUUGAUAGCAAGAACGGCGGAGGGUGGAGGGUUUGGCAAAAAAAGUUUGCGUGCCACCGGGAGUGUUCCGCAUCCUGCCAACAUUCACCAGAAUCCCGGAAGGACUUCGCGGGCAGCUCUGAGUUCAUCAGCAAUUCAAACCCAUCAAUAGUCGGCCGUGGCGGAGCAGAGCAAAAGUUUGGGUUGUUUUUGGGGGGUUUGUUGCUAUGCACCGAAGAAUCGACCAGGAACUACUGAAGCCGCCGCCAUCAUCUAGUUGUCAUCGCUCCGUUGUCCUUCACCGCUAAACAGACCGAACCGUCUGGCGAAGAUUCAUCCCACGAAGGUUCAGCACAACAAUCCGUUUGCAGCUUAACGAGCUUGCUCGUGCAACAGCGACAACCAUGUCCUUCCACCCACGUCCUCCGGGGACGACCAUCGUUUCCGCCGGAAUGCAGUACAUAACUCCCCCGAUUGUCCAGCCCCUUAUGCCGGCCCUGAAUCAACCACCUCCAUCCAACAAUCGAGGCGGAAGCUUCCGGUCUGGCGCCACCAUCGGUUCCCGACCUCAAAUGUACAACAACAAACCGCCGCCACAGCCUGAACCGGUCUACGAUGGACCGAUCGUGACGGUGUUCGUCGGUAACAUCAGUGAAAAGGUGCCCGAUCCGAUGAUUAAACAGAUACUGGCUACGUGCGGAUCAGUUAUCAACUGGAAACGGGUAUCGACGUUUGGUUUCUGUGAGUACGAACCGGCCGGUGGUGCACGGGCGGUACGGUUGGUACACGAUUUGGAGGUUGGCGGGAAAAAGCUGGUGGCGAAGGUGGACGCGAAGAACAAAGCACUGAUCGACUCCUUCCGUGAGGAUGAGAACAAUGCGGAGAAAACGAACGAGGCAUCCGAAAAGCGCGGAGACGACGACGCGCUGGAAGCGAUCAAACAGAUACUGGAGGAUUUCCGUGAAGAACUGGCCGCGGCCGAGCAGCAACAGGAGGAGCAACAGGCCAAGCAGAAAAAGAUGCUCCAGACCGUCGACAUCGAAGACGGAAAGCGGGACAUCAUAAGCAAGGAGAUUGGCAAGUUUCGCAAGUACACGGAAGAGGAAGAGCUUAAGAAGGAAAAAGAGAAAGAGCGCAAGAAGCGCGAAGAGAAGCGUGCCGAGGAGAAGCAACGACGAUCAGCUUCCCCUAGAAAGGACAAAAAAGCAUCAUCCACAGCACCACCGCCUCCUUCUUCGUCGUCGUCAUCCACUACAUCGAGACGCCGCAGCCGGUCACGAUCGCGGGAUCGGGAACGCGACCGUGAGCGUGAGCGGGAACGCGAGCAACGCGAACGUGAUAAGGAACGCGAACGCGAGCGGGAGCGUGAGCAACGUGAACGGGAACGAGAACGGGAGCGGGAGCGCGAAAGAGAACGUGAUCUGGAGCGGCAGCGCGAACGGGAACGUGAGCGGGAUCGCGAAAGAGAACGAGAACGGGAACGAGAGGAAAGCAAGGUGAACCGUAAUCCGCGCGACAUCCAGAAGGAAAAGGAAAUGGAAGAGGAAGCACGAGAGCGUAAGAAGACGGAGAAGAAGGCUCGCGAAAAGGAAGCGGCCUAUCAGGAGCGGCUGCGUAACUGGGAGGCACGUGAGCGACGGAAGGCAAAGGAUUAUGAAAAGGACCGAGAAAAGGAUCGCUGCAGGGAGGAGGAGCGUGAACGGGAAGCUAAGCGAUUAAAGGAGUUCUUGGAGGAUUACGACGAUGAGCGGGACGAUCCGAAGUACUACAAGGGCCGUGAGCUACAACGACGGUUGUCGGAGCGAGUACGCGAAGCGGACGCCGAUUCGAAGGAUCGCAACAAAGAGCAGGAGGAGCUGGAUGAAUUGAAGAACAAAAUCUUCAGCGGCGAGUACGACAAUCCAACGCUUGAGUUCGAGAAAGCCAAAAAGGAGCGCGAAGAGCUGUACAAACCGAAGAUUCUGAUCGAUGUCAACCUGGAACAGUCGCAGCAGCGCGAACGCGAACUAGAGCGUGAGCGGAUGCGUGAGAUCGAACGGCAGCGUGCCAAGGAUCGUGAGCGGGCCAACAAGGAACGGUACGUUCUGGCCCAGGCUUCCCGCGAACUAGCCUCGGUCGACGCGGAGCCCAUCGAGUCGGAUUCGAGCGGUGUCCAGGAUAACUUCAACUCGCCGAUGGGUAGCGCUGCGCACAGUACGGCCACCGCCUCCAAUGGUCCUGGUUCCGGGACGGAUGGGCUGGGCAACAGCAAUCACCAUCAUGGUCACCACCACCAUCAUCAUCACCAUCACCAUCCGCACUCGCAUCACCACCAUCAACAGGAUGGCCAUCCACAGCGGACGGCGGAGCAGCGAGUAGCUUCAGCUGGUCAGCAUCCUCCACAUGCGGGAUCUGAGACGCGCGACUCGUUCGGCAUGAUGAGUGGAGCUGGAGGUGGAGGCGGUGGUGGUCUACUGGACGAUGAAAACUCGCGGCAUUCGAUACGCUCGAACUCCCAGCAUGGCGUCCCGGAAAGCCCCGACGCGAACAGCAACAGCGGACUUAAUUCGCUGUCGGAUAAAUCGUCGCACCUUCCGCACCAUUCGCAACUCCACCACCACCAUCAUCAGCCGCCGCCGCAGCAGCAGUCGACGGUUGGACCGACGAUAAGCCUCAAUCUCAACGUCAACGCCAAGAAGAAAAAGCUCGAAGUGAAGGAUGUCUUUAACAGCCUGGACGAUGACACGGAGGAAUCGAAUGGGCCCAAAAAACGCAAACUUGUUCCACUAGAGUACGAAGAUGGCAGAGGAUUGGGUGACACACCUACCGGUACAGCCAACAGUACCCCGGCGACUGGCUCGGGAACGGGAGGAUCGAAGUCAUCGAAGGGCAAAAAAGGCAACGACGAGCCACCGAGCCGUGAAUCAAUCAAGUUUCACGAAGAGAAACGUAAAAACAUCAAGAGUAUUAUCGACAAGAUACCGACCGAGAAACAGGAUUUGUUCAGCUAUCCUCUUGAUUGGACCGAAAUCGAUGAUACGAUCGAGAAGAAGAUACGGCCCUGGAUCAACAAGAAAAUCAUCGAGUACAUUGGCGAACCGGAACCGACGCUGGUGGAUUUCAUCUGCUCGAAAGUGCUGGCUGGUAGCACCCCACAAGGCAUCCUGGACGAUGUGCAGAUGGUGCUAGACGAGGAAGCGGAAGUGUUUGUGGUCAAAAUGUGGCGGCUGCUGAUCUACGAGGUGGAGGCCAAAAAGUUUGGAUUAGCGAAGUAAGUUUAGCAGUCUCGUGCCGAGGAAACCUAGUGUGUGUGUGUGGUCCCAUGACGAGGGAGAACGAGAGAGAGAGAGCAUAGUGUUAAUUUGGAAAUUGCUAGAAAGAUAACAGCUGAACGAAUGUGGUACAGAGGAGAGUCGAUUGAAACAUACUAGUAACGGUAAUGGUACGCUUUUGAAUAAGGUUCCUUGUUGAACUUCAUUUCGUCGUCUUUUGCGUGGUGUGUUGAGAAAUUCCAAACCAACAUGGGGCCAUUUCAGGGAUCAUUAUUGAGUGGUAGCUGUGGGGUCGCGCCGUUUAACUCAUUUUUGUUUUUAACUUGCCAUGAGUUUUGUUUGAUUACGAUUUUAUACAGAUCAGGAACGUUUGUUGCCCAUUACCGAAACAAACCAAACUCGAACAUCGCAUCGUCCAAGAUGCGCCAUAAGCUUAUAUCCUUGCAUCCGACUAUCCGUCUUCGUGAACACGAGUAAAACGAGUAAAAAACCAAUUAAAAAUCAUUCUACUCUUUAAAGCAGGAUAAAUUGAAUAAUAAUGUUCAAUAUUGAUUUAUGUUGUUUUGUCCAUUCUUUCUAUUAUUGAAAAACAAUCCCUCGUCGGCUAUACCAGACUGUUACAUCUGGAAUUUCGAUGUAAAGCGCGCCGUUCGCAAGCAAACCUCUACUCAGUAAAACGUAAAAGUUUGAAUUUAAAUUGAAUAGUACAUGCGAUGAGAUUAUGCGCAAUUGAAAUUUUCAAAUUAUGAACGAGUAACAUCCUUAACAAGCAAAAUCAACGAUAGAUGAAGACCACGAACACAAGUCGAUUAUCGAUGAAUGAAGUGGGCAGACCGCUAGGUGAGCAUGGAAGUGAAUAAAAGGAAAAUUACCAAAACCA